AGAGAGGACAACACUGAGGGUGGCGGUGGAGCACUGGGAGCCCCACAUCAGGGUGGAGAAAGUGGAUGACCAGAUACAUAUCUAUGGGCCCAUGGCCAACCUCCUCAGGGCCCUUGGUGAUGCACUUAAUUUCAAUUACACGCUGGUGAGGCCACCAGACGGUGCAUGGGGCGCCCCUGACAGUAACGGGGUGUGGAAUGGUAUGAUAGGCAUGGUGAAGCGCAACGAAGCCGAUCUCGCUAUGGGUCCCUUCGGAAUCACGGAAGCGCGGGCCAAGGUUGUCGAGUUCUCGCAGCCCAUAUUGAUUGAUUACUUCAGGAUCCUGGUAAAACGAGGCUCCGCCAAGCCCAACCCAUGGGGCUUCUUCAAUCCCCUGGGACCCUUGGUGUGGGUGGGGCUCUUGCUGUCCCUCCUGCUGGUGUGUGUGGGACUCUGGUUAUUCGUCUUCUUCGGCCCGGGGAUGAGGGAGUGGAGCAUCUCGAGCAAGAUCACUUAUGCCUUCAAGCAGACAUGGGAUCAGUUUGCCAACCUGUGUCAACAGACCAUGGUGUACUCGCCGGACGAGAUGCCGUUGAGGAUGUUGGUGAGUGUGUGGCUGAUGACGGUGCUGGUGAUCAUGAGGAGCUACUCUGGGGCCCUCACCUCACUCCUCGCCGUCAGGCAGAUCCCCAUCAAGAUCAACACACUCAGAGAUCUCAUCCAGGCUAAGGAAUACGGUGUCAUCUUCGAGACGUCGACGGCCCUGACAGCAUACAUGGGUAUGGCAGAAUCGGGAGUGUUCGCGGAAAUGGAAAAGGAGAACAAGAAGGGACGCUGUCAGUUCCUCAAAGCCAACGAACUCUUCGACGCUGCCUUCAAUCUGGUCAGGUCCCAGGACUACGCCCUUCUCGUCGAGGAGUCCACCAUUAGGAAGAUUAUGUCUGAUGACUUCUCUGUCACAGAGAGAUGCGACUUCUACAUGGCCAAGCAGACGUACUUCCCUCUCAUCUUCUGCAUCAUCGGUCGUAAAGGGAUGUCUUUAAUGCCUUCGAUUAAUUUCAGGAUACAGUCCCUGGUGGAACACAACUUGUACAGUGAGUGGAUCGGGAAGGAGUUACAGAACGAGACAGCGUGUUUGAGAGCUCCCACCAGUAUCACCGUCAACGAACCAUACAACAUGACGGGACUUUGGGGUGUAUUUAUGGUGCUGUUUAUGGGUCUAUUUGUGUCGUUCGUGACGUUCGUGGGUGAGCUGGUGGUUCACUUCCUCCACCAGAGAGAGACACUAACAAUGAUAGAAGAACUGCAGGCAAACAGCAACAAAAUUCGCCACUUCCACAAAACAGUACUGAUGAAACACCGAUGAGGAGUUUUUAGAUUAAAGCACAAGAUCAAGUAGUAAAUAUAAUCUCACUGAAGAAGUUCUCACAACUUUCCUAGCUUUUCCAGAUUUGAUUACUCAGCUUGUUAGUCAGGAGAUUUUCCCCUACUCUGAUUUAGAAACUUGAAAAGGAAUGCCACGAAUGCGUAAGCGAGACGAAUGAUCCACCGCAGUUAUCUACAGUGAGAAAGACUGCACUGAAGAUCUUAAUAAAGAAACAACAAUUAUUUAAUAUAACAAAAUUUCAAAGGAAAACGUUUUAAGAAAAAAUAUCCCGUACAAAUAUAACUUUAACGUAAUAAAAUCCAAGACAGUUAAAUGCAUAAUUAAUGAAGAUUGAUGUAGUAGGAGCAAAAAUUGCAAUUAGCCUCAGACAGAACAGACACGGGAUAUCAAACACACUAAACACUGUAAGACAAAUCUAGGAUCCUAGAUAACAAGACAAAGCUUCUAGACACCUAAUUAAGACAUAAUAUACGGAAGGCCAGAUUAUUAGAGACAAGGAGCCUAGAUAACAAAAAAAUACACUGCAACUUUGACUUCCUAUUCAGACUGAACCUCCACAUAGCGUUUAGCUUCAUUUCUAAUACUGCACUUGUUGAACACUAGUACUCACGACAAAGAUACAAAGAUAAGACAGACAGUAGCUUUGGGGAAACAGUCCUGAGAAGACCACUAAGAAAAACAUUUGAAACUUCCCGUUCAGUAGCUAAAACAACUAUCUGUGCAGGAGGGGGUCGAUAUGCACCGAAAUUUUACGUG